UUUGGUCAUUAUCGCCAUUGUCUUUUAUCGCAUUUGUGCUACUGUACGAAAAAUUUGCCAAUUUAAUGAAAAAUUACCAAAUAACAAAAUAAAAUAAAUAAAAUUCAACCUGAUGUUUGACACGCGAAGAACGAUAAUCAAAGCAAACCGAUUUUGACACACUUUUUUUUUUAUUUUGACACAUACGUGUGAAUGUGUUGGUGUCUUCAAAACUGCACUCUGUUUCUUGCGCGGGCUGUCCGGGACAGAAAAAGGGUAGUCCGGAAAAUGUAAAAAAAAAACAGUGAUUUGACAAAGUGUAGUCCGCGGGGUAGCUACACCGCAAAAACGAAAACGACAUAAGCUUGACGUGUUUGUUCUCGAUUUGAAGGUUCACAAAACGAUUCGUUGUUUUGGUUUUUAAUUAAACUUCAUUGGUGGUCUUUAAUACUUUUGUAGUAUCUAUGCAAGGUAGUUCUUCAAUGCAGUUUUUUGAAGAAUAAAAAUACAGAUGAUCCGCACUUCAGCGAUCUGGUGUACUCGGCGGAAAUUGCCAUCGAUGCCGGUAUCUACCCGGAACGCAUCUAUCAGGGCAGCAGUGGGUCCUAUUUCGUCAAAAACCCCGCAACCAAAGUCGUUGCAGUCUUUAAACCUAAGGACGAAGAACCCUACGGAAAAUUGAACCCAAAAUGGAUCAAAUGGAUGCACAAGCUGUGCUGUCCGUGUUGCUUCGGUCGAGCGUGUCUAAUUCCGAAUCAAGGAUACUUAUCGGAGGCGGGAGCAAGUUUGGUGGACCAGAAGUUGAACUUGAACAUUGUACCAAAAACUCGUGUAGUGCGGCUUGUUUCGGAGACCUUCAACUAUCCAAGAUUGGAUCGCCAGAAGGCGCGGAUAAAAAAGACUAUCAAAGAACGAAUACCAGCUGCCCGGUUCAACCGACUGAGCCUUCCGCCGAAAACGGGCUCUUUCCAGCUGUUUGUGGACGGUUACAAGGAUGCCGAUUACUGGCUGCGGCGGUUCGAACAGGAACCUCUACCUACGCGAUUAGGGCAGAAAUUCCAAAUUCAGUUCGAGCGGCUGGUGGUUUUGGAUUAUAUAAUUCGGAACACCGACCGGGGCAACGACAAUUGGCUUAUCAAAUACGAACAACCCACGAUUGUGCCGCAGAGUAAUGGAAGCACGCCUAACGGUAUACCACGAAGCAGCAGUCGAUUAGAGAUGAAUGAAAAUACGGACAGGAAUCUUGUUCAAAUGCCGGAGAUUAGAAUCGCGGCGAUCGAUAACGGGCUAGCGUUUCCGUUCAAGCAUCCGGACUCGUGGCGGGCCUAUCCUUACCACUGGGCCUGGCUACCACAGGCCAAGGUUCCUUUCAGUCAGGAUAUUAAGGACCUCAUAUUACCAUCUCUAUCCGAUCUGAACUUCGUCGAAGAACUGUGCAAUGAACUGUACGAACUGUUCAAACAGGAUAAAGGUUUUGAUCGUGGCCUAUUCGAGCGGCAAAUGUCUGUGAUGCGGGGUCAGAUUCUGAAUCUGACACAAGCUUUAAAGGAUGGCAAAAGUCCUGUCCAGCUGGUGCAAAUGCCAGCUGUUAUUGUUGAACGAUCAAAAGUAAACCCCGGUUCGGCAAGGUUUUUCUCAUUCCAACAGCGCUUCCAAAACAAGAGCCCAUUCUUUUCUUGGUGCUAAAGGAUUGCCUGCAUCAGGAGAACGCUUGCCUACUCCAGCGGCUGACAGAAAAGAGGUGUGAUGGCUGUGCGAGUAUCAUGGUAAAUAAAAACGGUUAAGUAGAUAUCUACGGAAUAAUACUUUUCUAUAAUGUUGCACGUACCGCUGGACAGUGAUCGAUACGUUAGGUAGAACAAGGUCCGGGAACACUACUUGUUUGUAUGUAAAAAUAAAUAAAAUCGUUAUAACAUUCAUAUGGAAGCCAAUCUAUUUGUAUUUAUCAAUAAAUAAUAUUAUAGUUUAAUAGUGCAAAAUGAGUAAUCCACUAACCACAUCAACUGCAACUGUAAUUUUAACAAUGUGUAAUUUCACCGAUAUAGAGUACAGUAAUUAUUAUUUCCAAUCCUAAAAUGUUUAAAUUUGAUACAUUUUCAUUGGCAGAAACCCCUACCAGAACAAAACACUUGGUUCAACUAAACUCAUAAUUCAGCUUGAUUUUGUGUACAUACAGCACGAAACUUUAAAAAAAUAUUCUGAAAACUCAACGAUAUAUGUUUUGUGAUUCAUCUCAGUUUUUUGACAGAAAAAAAUUCUAACAAGCACUAUAUUCAGUAAGUAGAGAAUCUGAAAAUCAAUACUAGUCUUAUGUAAUGAAACGAAACUUCAUCCCAGAGUGUCUGAGGUUGGGAAGCUCACACAGGCAACAAACGUACGAGGAAUUUGAAAUGAAAAUACGAGAUUGUACCGGUAGGUCCAAACAAAAAAAAUUACUUAGAGAAAUUGAUCAAAUUUUUCAUAACCUUACGACAGAAACAAACUUUAGGCUAGAUGCAUCUUAUUAGAUAGAUAGGGUUAGUAGUAUCUGAAUCCAUUGAAACCAAUCGUGCGAGUGAAUCCGAGCAUGUGCAAAAAAAAAAUAGAAACAACAGAAUUACUAUGUAUUUGAAACCCAGCCCCCCAAACGUGAACAUUGAUAGUGUUUUAGUUCAACUUCAACAUCACACAAUCCUCAAUACGCCCGCGGCAUUACACAAUCAGUUAGUUUCGGUGACAAUUUAAUAAUAACCCAUCCAAUGGUAA